CCCCUACCUGAACCGAGGGACAAAAAACGUUGAUAGCUAACGUACGAAACCAGAGGGCAGUACACGAUUCGAUGGCGCGACCAUGCCCGUGAGCAAUCUCCCAACUCAUCUCUGAGUGCUAUUUAUGUUUCAUGUAAUUUCAAUUCAGUUUUAGGCAUUGUAUUUUAUUAUUUGUAACAGUGUAAUACCCGUGACACUGGACGGAAAAAGGCGAUCAAAAUUCAGCUGAAAUACAAAUAAAAAUUUAUAAUUUCGAUAGAUUUGUGACAUGGAUCAUUCCCAUCCAGUAUCACCGAUCCUUAAAUCUUCGAUUGGGAAACGUUCAUGUAAUUCUCCAAUUUUGGAUAUUCGAGGAGAGGUUGCAAAGAAAAGAAUUAAAAGUUUUUCAUGUACCACAAGUGACUUUGAAAAUGAAAUUAAAACUUCGUCUACUCUUUUGUCGGCUAGCGUGAAAAAAGGUCCACAUUCACCAGAUAGUUUAGACACCUGCAGUGAAACCAAUAAAAUGUUAAGUCAGAGCUUUAUGAAAUUAUUCGAUUCCAAUGGAGGGGAACGAGACAAUAGUCGAAAAAAAGUAGAAACGGUAUUUGAGAGUAUACAUUACUUCGUUCCUGCGCAUCCUAGGUAUCCUCCGAUAAGUAUAGAAAAUGAUUCUAAUCCCAUAAAAUUUGAUGGAUUGGAUGGUAAUUCCGCGAGUAGAACGAUUCUUAAAGAUGUCGAUGUUGAAAUCGAGAAGCCUUCUGCUCCCUUACAUCGCUCCCCAGUAAUGACAAUGGAACGAUUAAAAUAUGACUCGGCAUACAGCGCCGCGGAUAAGUGUGGUUGUAGUGUAAACGGUCACCCUAAAACUUUAAACAAAGUUACCGAUGAUAUAGGGAACUAUAACUAUGCUUAUGAGCCCCAAAUUUUAUUUUCGGCGAAGGCAUUACUACGCAUUUGCAACGAUUAUUUAAACGUGAAGGAAAUAAACGUUGCAACGGUGAAGAAUAUUUCUAAUACCGAUCGAACCGUUUUUCCUUUUAUUAACGUAUUCCAUAAGAAUAAUCCGGAGAGUAACAAAAAAUAUUCUAAAGCAAUUAUCAAGUCGGAUAUGCUUUUACCUGUAACUAAGAAAAAACAAAUUUGUCUGUCUUCCACAAACUUUGGGCAACGAAAAAGAAGACCAAAGAGAGUUGUUCUUCUUAAUCUAUUAUAGAAAUAAUGAUGCAUCGAGGCUUCAGGCUUUAUUGAAGAAUCAAUUGUCGUUUUUGCGUUUAUGGCAAUAUCAAAUAUCUCAUACCCCGUCUAUGGAAUCUUCGUGUACCAGAUAUGUUUUGAUGACUAUAUAUGCAGUAUCUACUGAAUUUAGUAGGCAAUUUUUAGAGUGUUUUGUGGUGAAAGAUUCAUGGAAUUUGUUAACUGACCCAACCAUUCUGUACUGCUACGGAGAGAAAAUGACCACGUAUGCCAGAAAGAUUUAUAAGAGCAGAAUUAUAAUAUUAAUUGCAAACCCUUCUGUGGCUCAUGUGGUUCCUGCAAAUUCUGGUAGUUUUCUCAAGUUAUACCCCCCAUGGAAAGUCAUAAAUUGGGAUGAAUGUGUUUUAAGUGCUCAGCAUUUUGACAUCCAUUUUUAAGAAAAAAAGAGUUCUUGAAAAGAAAUUUAUGACAAUGAUGAAGCUCAGAAAGUAUUUUAACGCAUUCAAAUAAACAUGAAUUUAACAAC